AUGGCGUCCCGGUGCCGGCUUCCCCUCGGUCGAAGAUUGGCCUCGAGGUUCGCAUCUGCCACCAGGUGGCACUCUUCCAGUAGCGAUUUGCCCUCGCAGGCUGAUGUGGUGAUCAUCGGGGGCGGCUCGAUCGGAACGUCCACGCUCUACCACCUGCGAAAGGAGGGGGUGAACGCUGUCCUUCUAGAGCGUCAUCAACUCACUGCCGGCACGACUUGGCAUUCAGCAGGGAUGCUUUGGCGCUUGCGGCCCUCAGAUGCCGACAUCGAGCUGAAUGCUUACUCACGGGACAUGUGCAAGCAGCUUGAGGCCGAAACGGAGAUCGCCAGUUGGACCGAGAACGGUGGCCUCUUUGUGGGGACCAACGCGGAGCGCCUGGCGGAGUAUCGGCGCUUUGCGGAGACGGGGAAGUACUUCGGCAUCGAGAGCCAUGUGCUUUCACCGGCCGAAGUGAAGGAGGUGCACCCCCUGCUGCGGGUGGAUGACAUCUAUGGAGGUGUCUAUUCGCCUGGCGAUGGCACCAUCGAUCCCACAAGCAUCUGCAAUGCCUACGCGAAGGCUGCCCGGAAGUUUGGUGGCGGCAUCUAUGAGAACGUUGCAGUGAGUGGGAUUGAGGUGGAGGACUACAUGACUUUGGGAGGCAGCAACUCCCGGCGGGUGCAAGCAGUGCUCACUGCGUGUGGGAAGCGGAUCGAAACCAGAACGGUGGUCAAUGCCGGUGGUGCAUGGGCCAAUGAAGUUGCUUCCAUGGUUGGUGUGGAAAUUCCAUUGAAAGCCAUGAAACAUGCAAUGGUACUGACUGAGCCAAUCGAAGGCAUGCACAGCGGACUGCCCAAUGUGAGAGAUCAUGAUCUCAGCGUUUAUCUUAAGACGCAAGGAGAUUCCAUGGCCAUUGGCGGCUACGAGCAGAAUCCCGAGUUCUGGCCAGAUGUCGAUCCUCAAUUUGCCUUUGGCCUCUUCGAGCUCGACUAUGACACCUUUGGCCAGAACCUCGCCGGUCACAUGCAACGAUGCCCUGUCAUCGAAGAGACCGGCAUCAAAUCCACUGUCUGUGGGCCUGAGUCCUUCACUCCUGAUCAUAAGCCACUCAUGGGGCCAUUCCCAGGUCUGAGGGGUUUCUAUUUGGCUUGUGGCUUCAAUUCCAUGGGCUUGAUGCUGGGUGGAGGAGUGGGCCGGGAGAUGACCAAGUGGAUUCUCACUGGCUCUCCUGAGGUGGAUCUCUUCAGCUUUGACUGUGCUCGCUUCCAUCCGCAGAGCGUGCGAGAUGCCCAGUGGGUGAAGGACCGCACUCAUGAGAGCUAUGCCAAGACCUAUGCCAUUGUGUUCCCACAUGAUGAGGCCCUUGCAGGCCGGGGUAGUCGCAAGUCUGCUCUCUAUGAUGAGCUACUGAGCCGUGGCUGUGUCUACCAGGCACGGCAUGGCUUUGAACGACCUGGCUGGUUCGAGACUUCCCUCGUACCCGGCUCCCAGGAACCCAAGAGCUACGAUUACUAUGGCGCCUAUGAGGAAGGAGCUUGGCGAUUGGGUGAACAAGACCAUCCAGAUGUUCCGAGGCACGCAGAGCACAAAUAUUUGGAUCUCAUUGAAGAUGAGCUUACUUUUGAAUGGCCAUCGAGCCAUCGCACUGUUGCAGAGGAAUGUCGAGCUGCACGCGAAGGCGUUGCAUUCUUCGACCAGUCCUACUUUGGAAAGUUCUAUUUGAGGGGUCCAGAGGCAGAUAAGGCCGUACAGUUCUUAUGUGGUGCUGAUAUGGAAGGAAAGCCUGUAGGAUCAGUGACUUACACGCCCUUGUGUAACUCUCGAGGAGGGGUUGAAGCGGACCUCACGGUCACCAAAUUACAGGAGAGCAAUGGAAGCAGCUACUACUACUUUGCAGCUGGGGGGAAUACAGCCACCAAAGAUCUUGCAUGGAUCCGAAGAGUCCUUGAGGAUGGCAAUUUCAAUGCCAGGAUCGAUGAUGAAAGUGAUUCACUCACUUUGAUGUCUGUGCAGGGACCAUACAGCCGGAAGCUCUUACAGUCGCUGACGUCCGCCGACAUGGACAACGAUGCCUUUCCAUUUUCUUCUGCCAGGUGGGUCCAAAUCGCCGGGUGUCAGUUUUUGGCUCUGCGGCUGACGUUUGUUGGAGAGCUGGGCUUUGAACUCCACGUUCCCUCGGAAUCCGCGGUCGCAGUCUAUCAGGCUGUGCGUGCGGCUGGUGAGGCACUAGCACAGUCUGAGUGCAUUCCAGUUCGGGAUGCGGGCUAUCGAGCCAUUGAUAGCUUGUCUGCCGAGAAGAACUUGAGGCAUUGGCAUGCAGAUUUGAGCAAUCGUGACACACCUUUAGAGUCUGGAAUUGGAUUCACCGUCCUCUCGAAGCUCAAAAGGACCGGUGACAAUGCUCCACGAUUCCUGGGACGGGAAGCUUUGGAGCAGCAGCGACACCAAGGGCUACAGCGGAAACUGGUCUGUUUGGUCUUGGAAUCUGGAGAUGUUCCACUUCAUGGUGCUGAGAGUCUUUGGAGAAAUGGUGAGUGUGUGGGCUAUGUCCGUUCCACUGCCUAUGGGCACACGAUUGGACGCUCCAUCGCCUAUGGGUACGUGGACUGCCCCAGGUCUGAGGCGAAGAUCACCAACAAAUGGCUGGAAGCUGGAGAGUGGCAGAUCGGAGACAAGGGCACCAAGCACGCUGCCAAGCUGCACCUGAAGGCGCCCUUCGAUCCCACCAACUCCCGUGUGAAGGGUAGCUACGAGAUUCCAAUGCCGUCAUUGAACUUGGGUCAAGCGCCUGCGCAUGCUCAAGUUUGA